AAGUAAAGGGUGGGGGAGGCGAGUCUUUCUUGGACUGCUGACGCGUCCAGGCGGCGCCGCGCAGAGGAGCCGCUUCCACCAUGUUACUGCGCUUUUUAGCUUUGGGGGCCUUCGUUUUCCUCGCCGACGGCUACUUUUCGGAGGAAAUGUACCCGGAGGAGUCGAGGAUGCAGCCCCCCACGGUGGUCGUCGUUAUUUUAGCCAGGAACAGCGCACAUUCGCUGCCGUACUACCUCGGUGCUCUGGAGAGACUCAACUACCCCAAAGAUCGCAUCUCCGUGUGGGCGGCCACGGAUCACAACACCGACAACACCACAGCCGUGCUGAAGGAGUGGCUCACCGUCAUGCAGACGUUCUACCAUUAUGUCGAGUGGAGACCGAUGGAGAAGCCCACGUCCUACGCAGGAGAGUCGGGUCCCAAGCAUUGGCCCAACAGCAGAUACGAGUACGUGAUGAAGCUGAAGCAGGCGGCGCUCGACUUCGCCAGGAAACGGUGGGCCGAUUACAUCCUGUACGCCGACGCAGACAACAUCCUCACCAACCCCGAAACCCUCAACCUGAUGAUGGCAGAGAACAAGUCAGCCAUCGCCCCCAUGCUGGACUCUCAGGGGGCGUACUCCAACUACUGGUGCGGCAUCACUCCACAGGGUUAUUACCGCCGAACGGCAGAGUAUUUCCCAACGCGUCAUCGCCACAGGCUGGGUUGCUUCCCCGUGCCCAUGAUCCACUCCACCGUGCUGUUGGAUUUACGGAAGGAGGGCAUGAAGAAACUGGCCUUCUACCCGCCUCACAAGGACUACUCGUGGCCCUACGACGACAUCAUCGUGUUCGCCUUCUCCUGCCGCGCCGCAGAGGUGCAGAUGUAUCUGUGUAACAAGGAGCGCUACGGCUACCUGAACGUCCCGGCCAAGCCUCACCAGACCGUGGAAGACGAUCGUCUCAACUUUGUCCACGUCCAACUCGAGUCCAUGAUCGAUGGUCCUCCAAUGCGCCCGUCCAGAUACGUCCAUAUGUUCCCUAAACAGAGAGACCUCAUGGGCUUUGAUGAGAUAUAUCUGAUUAAUCUGCGACGGCGUCCCGACCGCAGGGACCGGAUGCUGUUCUCUCUGAACGAGCUUGAGGUCGACGUCAAGGUGGUCGACGCCGUGGAUGGGAAUGCACUGAACAGCAGUGACAUUAAGCUCCUGGGCGUUGACCUGCUGCCAGGGUACUAUGACCCGUUCUCCGGACGCACCCUCACUAAAGGAGAGGUGGGCUGCUUCCUCAGCCACUACUUCAUUUGGAAGGAGAUGGUGGACCUGCAGAUGGACAAGGCGCUGGUCUUUGAGGACGACGUUCGUUUCCAAGCCAACUUCAAACGACGAGUCCUCACACUGAUGGAGGAGGUGGAGCAGGCAGAGCUGGACUGGGACAUCAUAUACUUUGGCAGGAAGCAGGUGAAUCCUGGAAAUGAGGAGGCAGUGGAGAACAUUCACAACCUGGCAGUCGCCGGCUAUUCGCAUUGGACUCUGUCCUACGCCGUCUCCCUGCAGGGAGCCCAGAAACUGCUCAACGCCGAGCCGCUGUCCAAGAUGCUCCCUGUCGAUGAAUUCCUCCCCAUCAUGUAUGACAAACAUCCCAAUGAGGACUACAAGUCCCAUUUCCCCAACAGAAACUUACAAGCCUUCAGCACGCGCCCCCUUGUGGUCCAGCCGUGUCACUACGCCGGCGAUGCCCAGUGGGUGAGCGACACCGAGACGUCCACUCUGUGGGACGACGACAACGUGCGCACCGACUGGAGGGGCUCCCACAAGACCCUGAAAGGGGCCCCGCCGCCAGCCGACGUGCUGUCAGCGACCUACAAGGACGAACUUUAGCGGCUCCGGAGCCGACGCAACUCUGGAGAGCCCCGAAGGUCAAAACGGCCUCAAGGUCGGAGAGCCAGAUGCCGAGGAGAGAGUGUUUUUGCCAGACUUUUAUUCUCAGUUGCUGCACACUGACAGCAAGAGUAUGGCUUUGGAUGGGAAAACAACAUCAGGGACGGUGUUAAAUGAGGUUGUUUGUAAAGAAAUGUCUUUUAAUACUGGUGAUGAUUGGAUUCCUGUAAUGUUAAUUGGACAGCAUCUCAAAUCGGCGGCAGAGAGGUAACUUUUGUGUGCUGACUGAGGCUUCAGUAGCUGCACUGUUCACAAGUCAAAGUCUGCUGUUGGUAUCGGUAGUAUUUCCUUUUUUUCCCAGUUAACUCUGUCUGCCGGUUGUUCAUGUUGUUUUUCAUCCAGAUACGUACUUGCAUUCAGCCCAAAACUAUUCUGACUCCAAUCAAUAUUCCCAUUGUCUUCAGAGCUUUAAAGCUCAUGUGCCUUUUGGUUUCCAGGGACCAUAUGAGACCGUUUCAGUGGCGCCAGAAUAUAUUAUGAAAGGGUUUUGUAAGUGAAACUAACUAAAUGGAAGUCAAGUGUUUUGACAUACAUUAAGUAUUUGAAUCAGAAGGCAUCGACUCAUUAGACUAUCUUCUCCUCUGUGUUUUAUGUUUUUCACAUUUAGCCAAGGAAAGGAAGAUUUUUAGGUCAGUUUGUUAUUGUUUGUUUGCCUUCUGGCUUUAAAAAUGUUUUUUUGAAGUACCGAAACGGUAUUCAUAUAGACUAGAAUAUAUAUAAUAUAAUCCAUUAUUCUUGAGCUAAAACCACAAAAUGUACACACACCACACACUUUGAAAACGACAGGAUCAGAUUCGGGUGCGAGUUAAAAGUAUAUAUUGUCAGUAUAAUAACACUCCACAACUAGUCCGUGUACAGUGUGUGUCAUGUUUAUAAUAUACUGGGAUCACCAAUUACCACAUACUUUCAGUAAGUACAUUUGGGAAACUUGCGUAAACCAAUCACGAACGUUGAGAUGUGAACUCCUGGUAUCAGCUUUCGCAAACCAACUGCAUUGUACUUAUGUUUGAAAUGAUGUUCAAAGUGAAAAGUCAAAUGUAAAAUGCCUACUUAUCAUUACACGACGUAAACGUUCCAAAAGUGACCCAGUUUAAUAAUUGUCACACCCAAACUGUUGCCAAGCAAUGCAACCCAAUUGAAACUGUAAACAGUAGUAAAACAAAGCCUUGCUCACUCUGGAAGCAUCACUGGGAACCUUAAAUCUUCAAAUGUUGAUGUUAUUUUGAUGCCCUUUAUGGAUUUAAAUGAUUCUAAACAAGUCAUCUUUUCCUUCAUAUGUCUUAAUUUAUUUGUCGAGUGUUUCUUGAUAAAGUUGACGGGUGAGUCACACGACGUGAUGCAAAGAAAGCAAAUUGCCUUUCUGACAAAAGCCUCUCUGUGUUUGUGUCUUUGAGCAAUACAUUUGUAUUCAGACAUUUUACAACAGGAUACUGUUGUAGUAGUUUUUCUCAUGUCAUUGUGCUUGUGAGUUUUGUAUCCGUUAAUAAACUUUCUGUUGACAGAGA